CAUAUAAACAAGUUGAUAGAAGGAAUAGACACUAUAGAUCUUACUUCAAUAUAUGACAUCACUAUGGUUACACUAGAAAUAUCAUACUUUGUCUCAGACAUUGUAGAAGAACAAAUGAGUAUUGGAACCACAGAGACAUUAGAAGGUGUUUCUAAAAUCGAAUUAAUUAUCGAUAUAAUAAAUAAUCUAACUAAAAUUAAACAAAAACUAAUGAAUAAUUAAAACUCAGUUUUUAAUAAGUAUCGAUAAGUUAGGAACAGGGAUGGCAAUGGGUCGGGUUGGGGCGGGUUUUGUCAAACCCAAACCCAAACCUGUUAGGAUAUGACUUGAAUUUGAUUUGGGUUUGUUUUGUGUUUUAGGCCUAUUCUGUUUGGGUUUGUGUUUGGGCUUUGUUUGACCUUUUCCUUGUAUGUUUGGGAAAAGGUGUUUGGUUUUCUGUUUGGGAUUAGGAGAAGAGUUCUAUAAAUACUCUUCAUCUCCCUAAUCUGUAGUAAGGUCAGUGAUGCUCUAAAACACAACACCAAACUGCGACCAAGUAUAAUCGCAGUCCGGGAAUGCAGUAAAGUGACAAGUUAUAUUAUCAACCCGGGGUCUAGAUCUACUGCUUACUCAGUGAUUCUCUAUUAUCUAGCCAACUAAGUUAAGUGUUUGUUGUGUAAAAGCAAAAGCAGAAAGAAAGCAGGAAUUGAUACGGUUUUCUCAAGCAGGUAAGAGUCACUCGGGAAUGAGUCCCCCUAGCUCCUUAGUUAGGUUUCAAUUGUAUUUCCCUGGGUUGAUUUACUGUUGAUUAGACUGCGGAAGAUCCGACAGUAGCUUGGAAUCUCUUAAGCUGACCAAGCCCUCUCAAUCUAACUACCCGGCAAACGACUAGUCUUCACCGGGAUAGAAAGCUGAAGCAGUAAGAACAGAACUCCACUACUGGAAUUGGAUUCCAGUACAAAGCAGUAAACUGGCUAACUCUCGUAUAGCCAAUCUCCUACUACCGAAUGAUGAGACGCUAGCAACCUAAUCAGAUUCUAUCUAUCUCAGAUUGUAGCAGGAAUCAGGAAAAGUUGAUCAGACUUCAAUUGACUCAAUAAAUAUGCAUCAUUCGAUUAAAAUCAAACAGUAAUAUCAUCCCAAGUCAUUACAAUCAAUCCCUAACACAUAGAACUAGGGUUCUUCAUCCCCAAGUGAGAGAGAGGUUCUACUCCAUAGAGAGAGAGAGGAAAACAAGGUACAAAGCAGUUACUCAUUACAAUGGGAAGAAUCUGCUCUGAGAUGAUGAUUUCCACUCCUGUGACAAUCUCCAAGCUCGAUUUGAUGAAACCCAGCUCCAAGAUAGCUUCUAGGAUGUGUUCUUCGUCCUUUCUCUCUCUAGGGCUCUGUUUUUGCUCAAAAAGUCCGAUCUCUCACUUGUGGCUCGAAAUUGGCUGAAAAACCAUGAUUUCCCGACUCACACGGGCAGGCCACACGGCCGUGUGGCUCACCCAGUUGCCCGUGUGAGUCAAAACGCGGCGUAUCAUUAAGUCGAAAUUCAGGCUUCCCACACGGCCAGGGUCGCAUGGCCGUGUGGGAUUUCCAUCCUGCCCUUGUUUGCUCUCGGUGAAAAUCACACGGCCACAAAUGUGAGUUGCACGGCCGUGUGAUGUCCAGGAAUGCCCGUGCGGCUUCCUUAGCACCUCGCCACGCGUCCGAUCUUCGUCCAAUCGACCCCAAACUCGCUCCCAAGCCUCCAUUCACGUACUAGGACCUGAAAUAUCACAAACAAGCACAACCUAGCGUGAAAUCGGCCUAAAACACGAGAAUCAACACCUCAAACGGUGUAAGAACAGGGGUAAAAACAUGUGUAAUUAACGUUCUAUCAGUCAGUCAGGUUAGUUUGUUUGGUUUGUCCGUUUGGAAUUUGGUUUGUAACCUGUACUCUCCUCAAAAUCAGUGAAAUUUGUUCUCCCCUGCCCGUGGAUUAGCUAGCACACAUUGUGUUAGUGAACCACGUUAAAUUUGUGUUCAUUCCUGUUGGUUUGGAUUAUCGAUUGCCACGCUUCUGUUAGCCAGCAGCAGCUCCAGCCCCAGAUGACAGGAUGACGAAGCUGGAAAACAUUCUAGCUUCAUUCAUGACGAGCACUCAAGCGACUAUCACGAGGUUGGACCAGAGUGUAGCUUCACUGGAGGCAGGUCAGAGGAACCAGGGUGCCAUUUUGCAGGAUCUACAGACCCAGGUGGGCAUCUUGGCCCGCCAGAACACCACCAGGGCACCGGGGACUUUGCUUGCCACCACUGUCCCGAAUCCUCGAGAUCCUCACCAGCAUCAGCAGCUGGACGCCAUUUUUACCAGAAGCGGUAAGACCAUAUCUGCUGAUCCUGUCCCGGCCAGACAGGAGGAACCACUGCCUGCUUCAGCACUUCCAGCCGACGAUGCAGAAGUGCGGGUGGAGAAGGAAGCCCCUGCUCCCAAGCCACAACUAGUGGUUAAGGAGCAUGUACUCCAGCUUCCCUUCCCCACCCGCCUACACAAAGACAAGCUGGAGACUGAGUUUGCCAAGUUCAUGGCAAUGUUGAAGCAGCUCAACAUCAGCUUACCGUUCGUGGAGGCACUGUCGAAGAUGCCCAAGUAUGCCAAGUUCAUGAAAGAUCUCUGCACCAACCAGAAGAAACUUGGGGAUCUCUCGACAGUGAUGCUGAACGAGGAGUGUUCUGCUAUCCUGCAGAACAAGCUGCCCGAGAAGCGCAAGGAUCCAGGGAGUUUUACUAUCCCUCUUACUAUUGGCAGCAUGCAUGUAGGCAAGUCCUUGGCGGACCUAGGCGCUAGCAUUAAUGUCAUGCCAUAUAAGUUGUACAAAAAGCUAGACCUAGGUGAACUUAGCCCUACUAGGAUGAGCAUUCAGUUAGCUGAUCGUUCUAUCGUGCAUCCUAGGGGUAUCAUUGAGGAUCUGCUGGUUAAAGUAGGUGCAUUCACAUAUCCUGUUGAUUUUGUUAUUCUUGAUAUACAUGAGGAUGUGUAUGUGCCUUUGAUUCUAGGUAGGCCUUUUCUUGCCACCGCCAAGGCACUUAUUGAUGUGCAUGAUGGUAAACUGAUCUUGCGUGCUGGGAAUGAACAGACUAUUUUUUCUGUGACUGAAUUUGAUCACUGUGCUAUGAUUGCUAUCACGCCUGUGCAUGCCAUUUCUGAUCAGGUACACGAGCCUGUCGUGUAUCCUUCUGCACCUCCUAUUUUUCAGGACCCUCCUAUCAUUCCUUCGCCGCCACUCCAUCCAGCCUCGCCUCCGAACAAAAAGCUCAAGGAGGAGUGGCGGCCGAAGCAGCAGGUUGCUAAGCCUGCGCGGAAGAAGAGUGGAGACCACUAUGAGCUGGUCCCACCUCCUGCACCACGACCACCCUGGCCGUCUGGGUACUCACUCGCCUGCAUCUUGCCAGAUGGGCAGGUCGAGCUGACUGAUGAUGGUGGUCGCAUCCGUCGGGUGCAUGGCCACAACCUGAAGCUGUACCUCAAGAGCGAUGUGGUCGGGGAUUUAAGCUUCAUGACCGGGACCCCUUCUGUUUCUCAGACGCCAAAAAGGGAAAUCCCCGGCCUCUUCAGAAAAAUACCCGGCCGGGUAUUUGUGGUCAUGGCCGGGUAUUUUCUUUCUCCAGCCCACUUCAAUCCUCGUUUGCUCCUUUCGACCCGAAUCUCGUUCCUUCGCCUCGAUUCCAACGCCAGGUCCUGAAAUAUGACACAAACAUACAACCUCGCGUGAAAUCGGCUUAAAAUCCGAGAAUUAACCUUUCAAACGGCUCAAGAAUAGGGGUGAAAAUACGUGUAAUUAUCGGUCUAUCAUCUGACAAGUGGUAUCAGAGCCUUUGGUUGCGGUUUUGGGAAUUUGGUGUUGGACUGAAGUUUUGCUUUGAGGAGUUUGGUUGGAGUUUGUUUGAUAGUAAGAAUGGCUGCUAUCAGUAUGAAGAUUGAGAAGUCGAUUUGGAGCUGCAGGUUUGGAGUUAGAAGUAAAUUUGAUGUUGGUGUUAUGGACGGAAAUAACACCAAGAUGGUUCUGCAUGGCAAGUCCCAACAUGGGUUGGACUUGCUGCAUGUUUUGAUUUGUUGACCGCCCUUAGGGGCAUCUGGAGGCAGGGGAGAUUCUGGUACAACUGAUUUGGAGAAGUUUGGUACGUCUGACAGUUUUGAUUGCAUCUGAGUUUGGCGAUUUGCAUCGCGUUUGGUCUGGCGAUAUGAAUCGCAUUUGGAUAUGUCUGGCAAUCUUGAUUGCGUUUGAGUUUGGCGGUUUCGAUCGCAUUUGGAUACGUCUGGCGAUAUGUAUCGCGUCUGGGUACAUCUGGCAACUUUUGUUGCGUCUGGUACAUCUGGUAUUUGACAGAGAAUUGAAGUCAAGGUGGAGAUUGUUAGGAUAUGACUUGAAUUUGAUUUGGGUUUGUUUUGUGUUUUAGGCCUAUUCUGUUUGGGUUUGUGUUUGGGCUUUGUUUGACCUUUUCCUUGUAUGUUUGGGAAAAGGUGUUUGGUUUUCUGUUUGGGAUUAGGAGAAGAGUUCUAUAAAUACUCUUCAUCUCCCUAAUCUGUAGUAAGGUCAGCCAGGUUAGUUUGUUUGGUUUGUCCGUUUGGAAUUUGGUUUGUAACCUCUACUCUCCUCAAAAUCAGUGAAAUUUGUUCUCCCCUGCCCGUGGAUUAGCUAGUACACAUUGUGUUAGUGAACCACGUUAAAUUUGUGUUCGUUCGUAUUGGUUUGGAUUAUCGAUUGCCACGCUUCUGUUCUGACAAAACCCAUGGGUUUAUCCACCAAAAAACCUCGGGAUAAAACCUGUUGGAUUUGAAAAACUCAAACCCAACCCAACCUGCUGGGUAUCCGCGGGUUCAUGGGUACCCGUGGAUUUUUGUGAUAAAAAAUGUACAAUAAUAAGUUUCUUUCAAAAUAAAAGUUUAACAUCAAUUUUCUCAUACAAAAAAGGGUAAAACACCAAUUUAGAGCAUACAAGCAAACCGCAAAUGAUCAAUACAAAUUGUUCAAAGAUAAGCAUCUAUAAACAAUAAGAUUAAUUGAAAGCUUCUUCCUCGUCAACUAAGUUGCUUCACUCUUCACUUUAUAAUAUCAACUUCAUUCUAAACAAUUAGAAAAGAACAAAUUAUACAUGUCUCCACAAACAUAAAGAAUAUUAGUUGUUUAAGAAAGAUAUAUUAUUUGGAAUAUUAAAUAUACCGAGAAAGUAAUUAUAUGUGUGUGGGAGGGUACCCAUGGGGCGGGUUUACCUAAACCCAAACCCAACCCGACUCGGUGAAAGUGUAGCGGGUUUAAACCCGAACCCGACCCAAAACCCGUCUACACGGGUUUUACCCGCGUUGACCGGAUUGGAUCGGGUCGGUACCAGUGGGUUCGGGUUUUAUUGCCAUCCCUAGUUAGGAACACUAAAAAAUCUCUUUACAAAACAUAAUUAUAUUGGUUGAGUCAUGUCACUAUCCCUCCAUGAUGAAUAAAACAAGCACAUCUCCUUCAUAACAAACAAAAAAAUGAAGAAAGCAAAGUUACCUAAGAAAGAUCAUGAGUGUAUAUCAAUUAUUGGGUAUCAGAUUCUUUGGUUAAAAUUUUUACGUAAAAUCGUGGGAAUAUAUAUAUGUUUGGGUAUCAAAUUCAUUGGUCAGAUUCUUGACAACAGAGCCAACAAAUCCAACCAAGUCAACCAACCCAGGAAUAAAAACAAAGAAUUAAA